CUACUUCCACCCUUGGAUGCUGAUGCAAUGAACGUAGACAUGGAGGAAAGACAGCAGGACAUGUGUCCGAUCUGCAAGACAGAUAGAUACUUGUCACCGGAUAUGAAGUUUUUGGUGAACCCGGAGUGCUAUCAUAAGAUGUGUGAAUCAUGCGUGGAUCGUAUCUUUGCCAUGGGUCCUGCACCUUGUCCGUAUCCAAAGUGUGGUAAGACCUUGAGAAAGAAUAAGUUCAAGACUCAGAUAUUUGACAACAUUGAAGUCGAGAGGGAAGUUGAUGUCAGGAAAAGGGUGUCUAGAGUGUUCAACAAAGUCCGAGAGGAUUUCGAUACACUGGACGACUAUAACAAAUACCUCGAGGAGCUGGAAGAUAUAGUAUUUAACAUCGUGAAUGGAGUUGAUGUUGAAGCAACUGAGCAGAAAUUGAAAGAGUAUGAGGAGAGCAAUAAGCCAAAUAUUGAGGAGAAUAAUGCAAAGAGGCAAAAAGAACUUGAAGAGUUCAAAGAACAAGAACAACGCAAGCACGAUUUACGGAUGAAGAAGAACCUUAUUGAAAGACAGAUUGAACAGGAAGCUAGAGAAAUGAAGGAACUCGAAAAAAAGGAAAUCAUAAACACUUUGGCCUCUGGGGACGGUACGCAGGAUGCAACAAAGGCAGUGUCCCAGGUGAGGAAGUCGAUGUUGAAGAGAUCAUCGGCUCGUCGUAAGCAACUGGACGAGAUCAUGCAAGCGCUCAAUUCAUCCCGUCAAGCUAAAGGCGAGGAUAAGAAGCAUAACGUUCCAUUUACACCAUUCAAUGGAGAUCGUACUUCGCAACACAACUUUGAUAUACACGACUCAUACUACGAUCCGUUCUUGGAUGAACUCAAGAGCAAAAAAGAGUAUAUUGCGUCAGGGUUUGAAGUACAUGCGGUUUAUGACCGUGUAUUAACGGAGGCAUUUACAGGACUAGGAUGUUACAUUGAGCAAGAGAAAAAAGAACUGAAUGACGCCAUUGUAUAAAGUGUCGAUACAUCGCAAAUAUAUCACAGUCCGCGUAGCUGAAUGGCUGCUACUAUCUGAUGACUUAAAACUGUAAGAUCU